UCGCCCUCCUCCCCAGAGCAUGUGACCAUGUGAUCACACAGUCUCUGCACAGUCAGACGAGCGGAGGAAAACUUGUGACUAAAGCAGCAGCUGUGGAGCUGGCGGCGGCAGCUCAGUGCUCAGAGACAUAAAAACUGGACCCCGGCGUCUCCAUCUCCUUCAUCCAUCUGCGCACCUCCGCCACACAACAUGGACUGCGGCAUCUUCACCUCCAAGACCGUGCUCCUCUUCCUCAGCUUGAUAUUUUGGGCUGCAGGAGCGGCAUUGGCCUACAUCGGCGCCUACGUGAUCCGCAGCUACAACAACUUCGACAGUUUCAUUCAGGACAAGUAUGCACUGGUCCCAGCAGCCAUCAUCAUCGGCAUCAGCGUGGUGAUGUUCCUGUUCGGUCUGUUGGGAUGCUGCGCCACGAUACGGGAGUCCAAGUUCGGCCUCAGCUUUUUCUUUCUGGUCAUCGUGAUGAUGUUUGCAGCUGAAGUCGCUGCUUUGGUGUUUAGCUUCAUCUACCAGGGCAAGAUGAAUGGAGACCUGGAGCGCUCUAUGAAUGAGUCCUUCUCGAAGUAUGAUGGUCAGGGCACUGAGACCAAAGGUGUGGACUACUUGCAGACUCAGCUGCAGUGCUGUGGGGUUAAAAAUUACACCAGCUGGUCCAACACGACCUGGUUCAACAGCCACAACAACACAGUGCCUCUGUCCUGUUGUAAAAACAGCACCACACAGUGCAGUGGCAGACUGGAUCAACCAAACCUGCUCAACGUCGAGGGUUGUGAGAUCAAGCUGAAGAGUCUCAUAGAGGAUGUGUGGGGAUACGCUAUGCUGGUCAUUCUGGGCUUCGCCAUCAUCAAGUUCUUCGGGAUGCUGAGCGUAUGUGUGAUCACCUGUAAAACUGGCAGCCGGAGGAGUGGCUACCAGCCGCUCUAUGCCUGAAGUCCUCCACCACCUCCACCACUAUGUGUGCUGACCACUUGAUAACAAGAGGCCUCCUUAUUCUGCUGUGUACUGAAGCACCUAGGUCCAACAUGUAGAAGUCUAAUGGCACUCAGUAGAGCAAAUACCGGCGCCAAGGCCCAACAAUCCUACACACCACUGUCUAGUUCUUAUCAGAGAUAUGAAAUAGAUAAACAACAAUUUGGUCUGAUAAUCACUUUUAUAAACGCAUACGUUGAAGGUUUUCCACCCAGGCCUCGUCCCACCACCAACUUUGUGGAAAUUGGAUUAGUAGCUUUUGUGAAUUCUGCUGACAAAGAAAAAACAGGAAACAAAUGCAGGUGAAAACAGAAUCUCCUUGGCAGAGAAUUUUAUAUAAACAACACACAGGUGGCAAACUCAUGCUGACAUUCCUCCUCAGACAAGAUCAACAUGAAUAUGACAGAUUUUGAGUUAUUGUCUUAAUUUCCCUCAAGAGUCCAUGUUGGUUGAGCUGUCAACAGUUUCUGUGCUGUCACAGGCCGACUACAGCCUCUUUAACAGUGAAACAUUCUUCAGUGAUUAAAUUGUUGGAAAUACUGACCCCUGUUGGAUUUCGUUAGCUUUAUGCAGUUUUCUGCUUGCUGCUGGUUUACAAUGAUAUUCUUCUAAAGGACAUUCUUCUUUGAAACUUAUUGUAAUGAAUGAUUGCAAACUAUGUUUUAAGCUUUUUGUGAUUAUGAACAAAACAAAUUCCAGCAGUUAAAUGCCUUAUUUAGAAUUGCAACUGAAAAAUGGAUGAAGUAUAUGCACAUAAUGUUAUAUGGUCAGUUGACUGUAGUUAAUUAAGUCACAGUUCUAGUGCGUAGUUUGACUUUUGGUUGUGAUUGUGUUUCUAAAUUAAAAAGGUAUUAUUUCAAUAUUUCACAAUAA